GCGCCUCGCUCUCCUUCCUUUUACCCCCUCUCUCUCCGUCUCCGUUAUAAGAGAGGGAGGGGGCAGCCGAGUGACUUUUUUCAAUGAAUUCUCCCUGCUUCUCAUCUCUGUUUAGUUAGAGAGUUCGCCCUAAGCAGGUUUACGACCACAGCCGACAUGGAGCGUCCAGAGAGAAGACUGCAUGUAGCUUUCCUCCUUUUUCUGCCUCUUCUGUCAAUCAGCUGCAUCUCCAAUCCAAAAACAACAGUCUCCUGGUGCGUUCUGUCCGACGCUGAGGAGCAGAAGUGUUUGGACUUGGCUGGGAACGCUACGGCCCGGAACGUAAGGGGAACACUGCAAUGUGUCCGAGGCCUGAACACCAGGGACUGUAUUGAUAAAAUCCAGAAUGGGACGGCAGAUGCGGCCUCCAUGUUCGCGGAUGACAUUUACGCUGCUGGUCUCUGUCACGGCUUGGAGCUCGCUGCAGGAGAGUCCCACAACGGAGUGGACGGUACAAGCUACUACGUGGUGGCAAUGGCCCGCCGCUCCUCCUCAGACCUCUCCCUGCUGGAGAUGCACGAACGCAGCUCCUGUCACCCGGGGAUACGCACCACAGUGGGGUGGACCGUCCCCAUUGGCUACCUGGUCAACACGUCCCAAAUCAGCGUGGGAGAGCAGUGCAACUUCCCCAGAGCCGUGGGGAACUUCUUUGGUUACAGCUGCGUGCCGGGCGUGAAGGACCCCCAGCACGAUCCCAGAGGCAACAACCCCAAGAACCUCUGCGAGGCCUGCAUAGGAGACGAGAACGACAGACACAUCUGUGCUAACAACCACAGAGAGAGGCAUUACGGGGAGGCCGGGGCGCUGAGGUGUGUAGCGGAGAACCUCGGCGAUGUGGCUUUUGUCAAACACACAACAAUCUUUGACAACUUGGACGGUAAGAACCAGGAGUCCUGGGCCUUGGAUCUGGAGGUGGAGGACCUGAAGCUGCUGUGUCCAGAUGGAAGUGAGGCGGGUCUGGACGAGUAUGAGCGGUGCCAUCUGGCAGCGGUCCCCACAAACGCCGUGGUGGUGCGCAUGGAGGACAAGUGCCGCGUCUGGAAAUACCUGGAACGUUUACAGAAUGUGUUUGGCAACGCCACCGAGGGCUUCAGCCUGUUCAGCUCAGCGGGCUACGGCCAAUCCGAUCUGCUCUUCAGCGAUGCCACCCACCACCUGCAGAGAGUUCUGGGUAGCUACACCUCUUGGCUGGGCCCCACUUACACCGCCGUGCUGCAAGCCUUCGAGUGUGAGGGCUUCUGCUGAUGGAGGAGAAGGAAGACGUCCAGCGCAUCAACUUCCGCCCGGUCCCCCGUCCAGUUCUGUCUUCCCUCCCUGCCAUCUGUGCCCCCCCCCCAUCUCCCUCCCGCCCCCGUCUCCGUUCUCUUUGCUUUGCUCCCCGUGUUUGUUUCCUCCCUGCUUUUCACCACCAAAUUUCUAUUAUUAUCUCCUCCGAGCCAGUGCGCCUUCUAAAAGUCUGCCUGGCAGGGAAGGGCGAUGCCAUGGAGCGGCUAAUCAGCUAUUAAAAAUACCCCCUAAAAUUGAGAAGUAAAAAGAAAAAAUGGGAAGAAAGGGAAAAUAGAAUAGAAAAUGAUUGCAAGUUAGUGACUAAUGUCGCACAUCUUGUGUAAUUGAGAGAUUAUCUCCUUUUUAAGGGUGGAUUUUGAGCAAUUUAUUCACGUAAAACACUC